GUAGUUUAGAGGUGCAGAUAUUAAAUGUCCUGUUCUGUGUGCUUGUAGUUGAGCCGCUGCACUACAUUACCCAGAGUGCAUCUGUGCAGGCGGCGGUUUCACCUGUGUGUCCAGGUAGAGGAGGAAGGAGUGAGCGCGCAGAGACGCAGAGCAGAGCUGAAGCAUGGAGCGAGAGGAUCCUCAGAACGACUCCUUCGACUUCCUCUUCAAGAUCAUCCUCAUCGGGGACUCCAACGUGGGCAAGACCUGCCUGGUGCAGAGCUUCAAGAGCGGCCUGUUCUCCGAGACGCAGCAGAACACCAUCGGCGUGGACUUCACCGUGCGCACGCUCACCAUCGACGGCCGCAGAGUCAAGAUGCAGGUGUGGGACACGGCGGGACAAGAGCGCUUCCGCACCAUCACGCAGAGCUACUACCGCAGCGCUCACGGGGCCAUGAUCGCCUACGACAUCACCCGCAGGGACACCUUCGACUCUGUGCUCCGCUGGCUCCACGAGCUGCAGCGCUUCGGGGCUGCCAACGUGCUCACCGCGCUCAUAGGUAACAAGCGUGACCUGGAGGCGGAGCGACAGGUGCAGUUUGCGGAUGCCUGUAAGCUAGCGGAGGAGCAGGGCAUGCUAGCGGCUCUGGAGACGUCAGCGCGGGAGAAGCAGAGCGUGGAGGAGGCGUUCGUCAUGAUGGCACGGCAGCUGCUGCAGCAGAACGGCCUAUGCGUCACGCCGGACACCGACACACACGUGCUGCUGCGCACUAACUCUCGCGCCAUCGUCAGCGGGCCGUCGCUAGCAGAGCACCAGAAGCAGCAGCCCUGCCAGUGCUGAUCGCAACACAGGGGGCCGUUCACUCAGAGCACGUGCUUGCAUUACAAUGCACUGCUUUACAUUCUUUCACUAUGUAUAUACUAUGACUGGUGCUUCGCGUCUUGCACAUGAGUGUCGCAUUUAAUUUUUUGUCGUUUGCCUUUAUGAGGACUAGAAGAAGUGAGGUGGGAAAGAGAGGGGGCGGAAUCGGGAAAGGUCCGCAAACCGGGAUUCAAACUCGGGACGCCAGAAGCAUAACAGCGCUAUAUGUUAGCGCGCUGCCCAGAGCGUCACGUUUUUUAAAGAACUUCAACUUUUACACACAGCAGACCAAUCAGAAGACCCUGGAGGCGGAGCAAGCAUUGCAUGCUUUUGUUUACAGGAGCAGGUUGCCAUGGCAACUGUUUUAUUUGAAGGCAACAUGGUGAAGGAGUUUUUCCGAAACCACGUCUCGCGUUUUAUGCGUCAUCUCACGUUUAGUGUUUCUGCUUGCAUGUUUCCUGUGAAUAAAUGAAGUCACUGCCGUCAACACUGAAGAAAACAAUCCCAAUACAUCUGAAGAGUUUUAUUAAUAUUAAAAAUCACUAUUUAUUUAACAUCAGUGUGUUUUGCUGUAGUGUGCAAGAGCUGAAAUAUUAUAAAUGUGAUGUAAUUACAAUUUACACAGUGAUUUUAUUUUAACAGACUAUUGUUAUCUUUGCAUCUCCAGUGAAUGCAAGUUAAAUCAAGGUUGUUUGUGCUGGAAAAUGAGACGCUCGCACUGAGGAAGAGCAUCAGGUUCUGUAGCGCAGUGACGUUGUUUUGCACACAUGUGGAUGAACGUCUCUAUAAACGUUCUCCGUCUCAGUGGACGUUCAUGUCAAACCCACAGGAAGUGACUGAUGUUCAUCAGCUGACAGCAGAGCCACAUAAAGGCCAGGAAUGGAUCACAGAUUUCCUCAUUGUGUUCCUCCAUCUUCUUGACAAUAGCUAUGUUUCCAUCCACCUAAAAGCCAAGAUGUGCAUAAAUUCUAAAAACUUAUGUGCGCCAUUGAGUAGGAUCAACUUCUUUAUCUGAUAAGAAAAAAUGUGCAUAAACUACGAUGGAAACAUUUACUGAAUAAAUUCCACCAUGCUCAUCAAAAGUCAUGUGAUGGGAUAACUCGAUGAACCAGCGGACCGAGCUCGAUCACAGCAUCUGAAAUGCUGUUUUGGUCGUUCUGAAAUGCCUGAGCAAAGUUAUCAAAGUAUUUCUGUAUAAUUGUUACAUGACCGUGUUCCUGAACAACUGGCACUGCAUUUAUUGUGUUCAAUAAAGUAAUUCAUCCAUCAUAUAUGAAAAUUAUUAUAUUCAGUGACUUCUAGUUUUCUGAGUGAUAUUUAGUGCCAGUUUAUCAGAAAGUGAUGAUUUUGUUCUCUUUGACUUGUUGGACGGAAACAGUGGUUUAUUCGCAAGCGUUUUACGUGAUGUGACAAUUUUGUGCAUAAUUGUGGAUGGAAACAUGGCUAUUGAACAUUUGAUUUAGUUUGGUUUUCAAUCAGUGUAUUUCGUUGUUAUUUUUAUUGUAUUAUUUUGGGGCUGUGUGUGCUGACUUGAUUUAACAUUUAUUAAAAUAAAUCGAUCAUUGUUCAUGUUUAAUGAAGAUGGGCUGUCAAGGUUUGAAUGUGUGUAUCAAAAUUGAUUUUGUAUUUUUUUUUCUCAUGUUUUAAAAUUUUUAUUUAGUGUCACUCCUCCACACUGUUAUAUUCAGGUUUUUUUUUCUUUUUAACUACUAAACAACCACAACUACUAAAAUCAAUUCACAUCCCUUUCAAAAUGUAUAUUUUGUAAUAAUAUUUUACAAUAUUACCAAUUUAACUGAAUUUCUGAUCAAAUAAAAGCAGCCUUGGUGAAUCCUAAA